AUGACUCAAGGUCAAUGAUGAUUAUUAUUAUACUAAUGAAUAUCACUAUUAGUUGGAGCAGUAACUGUACAGUAGUUGUUGGGAUGGGUAAAAAUAGGAACAGGACCACUUGUAUUGAUGGUGACAUACAAGUGCCGUUAGUAGUUUAGGAAUCAACCACAGUAUCAGUAGUCAUAGUUGUACAGAUGUAGGAUCUUAAUUUGACCAGUUUCUCACAGCAGGAAAAUAAUCCUUAAGCAACAGGAACUUUUAAUUAUUGUGUGGAUUAUAGUUAAUGGACGUUUUUGUAGGGGUUGAUACAUUUUUUGGAAUACACUGCCAGUUUGUAUUUCCUGCUAUGCAGGACAUUUCCUGCAACAACAGGGUGAUCAAAUUAAGAUCCUACACCUUCUAGUAGUAGUUGUUUUAAACAGUAGCAUAAGGUAGCUUCAAUAUCAACAAUAUACAAAACUGCAAGACCUUGUCAAUGGCUAACCUUUUUGAAGUGGAUUUCCAACAACUCAAAUAACCUCAUACCUGUAUAUUAUCUAUAUUUAACCACUUGUAGUUUGAAUGGCUAUGAUGAACAAUAAUUAUGAACAAUAUAUGCUUGAUUGCAUUUAUAUUUUGUAUUAGAGCAGGCAAAACCACAGUUGGAUCCAAAGUAACAGAUCCAACGGAUAAGCAGUCCCCAUUCAACCCCUCUCCAAACGGUGUGUGAGGCCAUGGUUAUUCAUGACUGUUGGACUGGGAAGCCCUCUCCCAGUCCCAGUCAGUCACAGCCCAUUCUCUCCUAUCCUCUGUGGUGGGAAAGGUAGCAGAUGGAAUAGGGUGGGGAAUGGGCUGGUCCCAAGGACAGCAUGCAAAGCAGCCAGAUUAGCACAUAGAGAAUCACAUAGAAACACUGAGCAUCAGGCAUUAGGCAACUCUGCUCAGUAUCCCCAGAGAAAUCUGCCCCAUACAUGGGCAAAUAGUCCUCAGAGAGCAAGACGUUAUUUGUCUAUUUGUGUUGGGGGGCAGGAAUAUGAUUCAGCAGAUGAGAAACCCACCGACCUUCCUUAAAUAGUAGUGAGUCUCUUUUUUUCUUAUGCUAAUGACUCCGAGUCCCCCCUUUUGGUUUCCAGAGGGGAAAUGCUCUGAGUGUUAUAAUUAAGAUGUUUUUUAUUUUUCCUUUUUUUUCCAAAGCUAACAGAAAUAAAUAAUUCCUGUAAUAAGAUCUGUGAAGUGAAGAGGUUUAAUGUACUCAUUGUGUUCGUCCUUGUUUUUCCUCUUGGAUGUUUUGUGUUAAUUAGACUGUGAGCAAUUUGAUCUCUGUCAAGCAAUCAAUUUGCAUCUUGGUCCUUAUUCCACCAUGUGAGGUAUUAUCAUGUUUCCUGCCCGUCACUAUCUCUGGCUGAAUGCACGUUCACCAACCAUGUCUAUCACCACCAGAACCUUUAGCAUCGAGGGCAAUAUUAUAAUUAUCAAUAUGAUUCAUUAGUUAACCAACCUACAGUAUACUACGAUUAGAUGGCAAAUUGGAAAUUGCGAAUCAGUGAAAAGUUAGUAAGUUGUUUCUUUCCACUCCACUUUUGAUUUGUAGGCCUACAUGUAUUUUUAUUAUAAGUAUAUUUGUUUUGUUUUUUUGUUACAGAGGAUGAAUUUCAUGCUCACAUCCUGAAAAAAGUCAAGAAUUGUACACACAUCGACCAAGGUGGACUGCGUGGACCUUGCAGCACGUCGUAUAUAUUACCCAGAAAACUGCAAAUAAAGGUAGGCUUAAUAUAAUUUGAUAAUAUAUUUUCCAGUGAGGGGUUUGGGUACUAUAAAUGUGGAUAGAAGAGCAUGGAGCUAGUGGAUGCCCUCUACAAUAAGGUUGAAAUAUAGCCAAGUUCAUUGUCCUGAAAAAAAAGGACAUUUUACCAAUUCACUUUAUCUGUGAACGGAUAUAGUCAUGUAUUUGUAAGGCUAAUGGAAGUGGUAGCCAUGAUGUUCUGGAUAAGCAGCAUGUUUAGCAGUGUCAUGUCAACGCCCUUUUGACCCCCGCGAAAUAUGAGACUCAGAUAUUCUUCUACAUAUGCAGGGAUGUGGGCGUUUGCAGAUUUUGUGUAUUCAAUAUGUAGCUAGCUUUGUUGAGUCUGCUGCUUUAUUGUUAUACUACAGCACAUGUAUUGUAGUCUACUGUAUGUUGGAAGUGACCAUGCCUCCCAGGCUGCAUUUAGACAGGCAGCCCAAUUCGGAUCUUUUUUUCACUAAUUGGUCUUUUGACCAAUCAGGUCAGCUAUGAAAAAGAGCUGAUGUGAAAAGAUCUGAUGUGAUUGGUCAAAUGACCAAUCAGUGGAAAAAAUAUCUGAAUUGGGCUGCCUGUGUAAUUGCAGCCCCAGUGUUCUACUUUAGAAAUACGUUUCUAAGUCCAAAAUGGCUGGCUGAAACCAUGACAAUGUCCAGACAGCCUUGUAUAAGGAUGGUCUCUUUAAAAAUAGGAUGAUCAUAAUGUCAACAAUAAGGAAAUGGGAAACAUUUUGUACUGACCAAUGACCACCAAAGAUCUAUCAUGUGUAUGUUAUAUAGUUUUGUGCAGUGUCAUGAAUAUAUGACACAAACAAAUCCCUGCCUGAGACUUUAGUAAAUAUUUAAUACAAACAAAGCCUUAUUUGAAUAGCAUGUACUGUAUCUACAGUAUUUGUUCUGCUUGUGUAAAUAUAUUAUUUGAACGUCAUGUGUUCUCUCCAUGUCUACUUCUCUCUCUUACCCAUAAACAUCUAUAGGAGAUUUUCACGUUGCUCCAUUAUUUCUGAUUCGUCCUCUGCAGAAUUAGUUACAGCCAUACAGCUUCGAGUUUGUGAAGGACCAACAAUAGCUUUUGUCGAAUGGGUGUCAAAAGCACAUGCUCUAUACCCUCUCAGAACAUCUGUGCUGCUCACAAAGCAGAAAAUAUAAUACUUGAACUCAAAAGGCUUGAGCUGUUUCUCCAUCUCCCCUCAGAUAAUACAUGAAGUUGACUAGAUACAGGCCUUUGAAGGAAUACAGUCUGUAAUUAAACGUUCUAACAAACAUAUUGAGCACAAUUGAAAAAGCAUGAUCUUCUGACAAAAUAUCAGUCGAAUUUAUACUUCUCAGGGUCAAAACCAAGUUCAUCAGGUAUCUAACGACGAUUGAAGCAUUAUUAUAUUCAAUAUAGUAUUUUCAAUAUAUUCAAAUAAGUAAUUUUCAAAAUACAUGAUAUUCUGGCUUUACUUGUAAGAUAGAGGAAUUUAAAUGGUUCAUGUACAGAGCAUUAAUACGGCAUUAAAUAAAAGAGGUUGUGUUAUGAAAUAUUUAAUAAGUGUUUAAAACAAGUAGAUUUGCAUAAUGUGAGUGUUGCCUCUCAAUAACACAGAGGUGCCUAAUGUGAAAAUAUUAGUCAAUCUGUGAAAUUAAUACAAGUACACCGAUUACACUAUCUCAAUUUGAAAUUUAAAUUAAUUUGUAUUAUUGUAGACAUUGUAACACAUACACUAUCUAUACAAAUCUUGUUUAAUAAAAACAAGUUAUAUAAAUUCAUACAAAACGAGUGAGUAUCUCUUGUCUGUGUGUGUCUGUUCAUACGAUGAUGGAAAAAGUGUAAUGAACUAAUGAGGUACAUUAGUUUUUACAGAAUGUAAUCUAUAGUGUUUGGGUAGUUGUUUGUCUCAAUAGGGCCCUAGUAAUCAAAAGUAAUGAACCUAUUAUGAGCAGGUCCUCGGAGGGCCUGGCGUGGCAUUGAAGAGUGUGGCACAUAAAAGGUUUAUUAAAGUAAAUUAAGGUCCAUCACUGCCACACCUGCUCCCCUAUUAUAAAUGUAUGACAGGUCAGUGCCUUCAAUCACAACAGCAAACCAGAGAGAGGAGUCAUGUUUCCCAUUACCAGGAAAAGUAACAGCGUAUCUAUCCUGUGACUCACAGAUUUCACUGGCCUGUGACCACUAUACACCGCCAUCAGCCCGGAAUAAUUACCUUUAAUAGGUUUUAUUGGGGAUCCACACGAGCAAUGGUGGCGAGGGAGAGUGGAUGGAUUUGAACAACUAUUUUGGUCUAAACACACUAUUGUGUGUCUGUGUACCACCACCUGCACUUUAAUGUCAUUAUUUUGCAUUAUGAUGUUUUUCCCACCUUGAAAAGUUUUUUGUUUUGUUUUAUUAACUUCACCUUCGCUUGGUGUUUUGCUUUUACAUGUGUUUUAGUGACUCUACACCGAUUAAAUGCCACAGAUAAUCAACACGUAAAUACAUAAAUGUUCUGGGAAAUAUAGGGUAAUGUUGAUAGGAAGGUUAAAAGUUACUUCAAAUAAACUUCAACCACUGACGUCAAGAGCCCUCAAAAAUUGGAUGGAUACAGCAUCUGCUGAGCGAAAGAUCAUUAUUCCAGUCCCAGUUGUCAAUAUUAACAAAAUCUGUAUUUUGUUAGAAAUGAGUGUUACAUGCUUAAGAAUUCAUAGUGUGUUCUUUAUCAACAGAUGGAUUCAGAAGGAGAGGAAAACACAAUCCAAACAUGGAACAGUGGUAAAGGUGAGCAGCGUUGACAACUCUUACCAUGUUCAAGCAAGCACAUCAAUAGCAGUAACCGAGCACUUCAGCAAUUCACACACAUUCCACUUAUACAGCUAUCGGGUCUAGGGAGGAAUCAGUUCAACAAUCCAACUUUACAACUGUCAGUUUUACGAAUUAUCUUACCGAUUUGAAGAGCACUGCAUUGCCAUUAUUUUAUUCAGAUGGGGAAUUAGUUCAUCAAAUUGGAACUGUGGCUCAAAUUCGUUAAGGAGUGAAUAUAUAUAGUGUGAUUGAAAACCCCUAGACGGGGAUACCAUUAUGCUAGUGUUCCAAGCCUCUAAGGACUGGCUGGUGGCACCAGAGCCAUUACUACGUCUGGGAAAUUCAUGGAAGCUUUAUUGUGGGGUUGUGCUUCAUGGGAAUAGGGUGGACUUGAAUGAGAAUGAGAUUUGCAUCUGUGGUGCAUGGCCUUCAGGGAAAAUCGAUUUGCCUUUUCAGAUCAUGUUGUCAAAGCUGUCAGGAGGAUGAGCUACAGCAGAUCUCAGAGAGAGGAGAGCAGAUUGGGGUUGUGGAUAUUUUAUAAAAAAUCUUGACGAUAAUUUUGAUCAUAUCAGAAGGCUUUUGUUUAAAUAAAAUAGUUAAUUCUAAAAGGUUGCAAAAAAUCUAUUUUGAUAAGUAGCUGUAAAUGUAAUCUUUUCAUAGAACAUUUGAUAGAGUACCAUCCGAAAUCAUGCUAGGGGAACACCCCACUACCAUGAGUGUAGUCGGCCCACAGUGUAUUCAUUCACAACUGCUUAUCCAAAACGUGGAGCUAGUACAGUAGAUUGGUAGCUUUGAUCAGGAUUGUGUUUCCCCAGUAGACAGAUGCAGAGCCUGAGUCACUCCACAGUGGAAAUGUAAACAUGACUAUUUACCUGACGUACCUCUGCUUCUGUUUACAGUUCCAGCUGACUGCAUCACCCAGGCUCCCAGGUAAGGGUUCACGACCUCUUUGUGAAAAUAAACACUUACAGAUAUCCUCUAACUCACCCCUGGGUUUCUAUGCCCUUGCAUACAGAAUGAAAUAGGCAUCCUUUGUUAGUAGAUGUGGUAUGCUGGCCAUUCUCUUAUCUUGAUAAUACCGGUUAUAAUUGAAUUUGGCCCUGUAGCUCUUCACUGCAUCUAGGUACUUCAUUUGUAUAAAACAUUUUUUGUUCGUUCAUCAUCUCAGCCAAAUACAGUUUCUUCAACCUUAUGUUGACCUUUUUUCACUCUAGUUACAAAAAACACUUGCAUUUACUUUCUGAAUGCUGAAAAAUACAGUUGGGGAAUAAACUGACAAUGUUACAUUUUAGGUUCACUUUCAGUUCAAAGUUUUCAGAUUAACCCCAGUAACGGCUAUGGCCUUUUGUUGACCCCAUUGCAUCUUUUUAUGAAUCCACUCCCCCACAACAGCAUAUAUGGGUCAAUGGCUGCUAGGAAGAGGCUUGCCCAGGAAGGGGUGCAGGGCGUCCCCGUCAACAAGAGAAAGUCUCUCCUGAUGAGGCCCCGCCACUACAGCCCCAGCAAGGCAUGCUGCGAGGAGGAGAAUGAGGACCUGGCACCGCCACAGGACAAAGAAGAGCUGAGGAACAUUGACACUCCAGCAGGUAGACAGAUGUCCUGUUGUUUGUCUGUUUUGAUGAACAAUUGACGCUGAAUUUUAAAAUCCCAUCUGUUGCAUUCAUAUUUCCCUCCCUCUCUAUUGCCUGUCUGCUCACCAUCAGCCAGACCCCAUAGUCAUUGUGUAUUGGAAGUGAAAGACGAGACUGCUGGGUCCACAUUAGUUGUGUCUGUCUCACGUCCUCAGUCAUACUUUUGACAGCUUAUCUGCCAUGAUAUUUUUGGCAUGGCUUUUCCCCCUAUUUCUGAUGUGGCCAGAUUUCGGACUCCUCAUUUUCUUCUUGUCUGAUGUGUUUGGUUUUUCUGAAAAGCCAUUCAAAAAUAGGUUGAAAACACUGAGAAUUGAAAAAUGAUGAUAGUGUUUGCUUUAGGCCAUUCUGAUUUGAAUGUCAUCUGUUGAUGUUUGUUUAGUAAAGUUAGUUUAGUUGCGGUUACAAUAUACACACGAUUUAUUGAUUAUUAACACAAGCUGAUGUUGCAUCUUAAACAGAACCAGCUCCCCUUCGGAAGUAUGCUAUUGCUUAAACAUGUUCUUAUAAAACCAAUGUCACUGAUACAAUAGAAUAAAUUGGUGAUUAUUUGUCAAAAGAUACUAAGACCAAGCUGCGUACUCAACAAUGACAUAAGGAAAUGCUUGUGUUUAUUUCAUUGAAAAACACUGCCUCCCCCCAGAAGCAAAACAUUUCUAUUUCCAAAUGAAUUGAAUUUUGAGCAUUUUGGCAACAAUACCCAUGGUUUACAUGUGCAUUCUCACCCACAAUAAUCUGCACUUAUUUGGUGUAGUUUUAACGAUGUAACUAAGCAACAAACGUAAUUGUCCCCUUCGAAAGCUUUUGUUAGGCCCUCUAACACAGUCCAAAUAUACAUAAUUAGGCAUAAUGUCUACAGCUCAUUAUAGUACACAUGUGGGUAGUUAAAUGGACCAAGAGAGUAGCUCAAUGAAUUGUGCGGAUUAAUUGGAAAUGGAAUUUAUUUGUUUCCGGGGUUCAUAUAACAUUACAAUUAUCGUAACCCUUUUUGCACUAGCUUCGCUAUCUGUUUUUUUCCCCUUUGAUAACUUUCUUUGUUCAUAUACCUCCCUCUCAUGGUCUGUUUGUGUUUCAAGCAGAGCUUUUGUGUCUGUAUUCAGUCACCACUAGCUACUUGUACUGUAUUAUAACCUUUUAAUCAAGAAAAGUUGAUAUUUUUUAUCAAAAGAGGGCACCAGCAAACAGAAAGCUCUAUAAAAUACAGUGAACAUGUAUCAAAAGGCAGGCAACACAAAGAAAUGACUGAACAUUGUGUGAUUAACAUAGGCCUACAUACAUUUGUAAAUAUAUUUUUCUCACAAUCAGGUCUGGGGGUAUUUUAUGUGAAAAGAUUAUGACAGUUAAAGUGGAUAGAAAAAGCCAUAAGAAUGUAACAGCGGGAUACUGUUCAUAUCUGCAUUUUAAAACAAGAGGGAAAAAUAAGCCGCUAAUUUGGUCGAGCCGCACUGCGUUCAACUCCAGCCAAGCUCCAACCAUACUGCAGAGCGCCGGUAAUGGCUAUUCUGGAGUACAAACUGUUCACCUGUUCCAAUAGACAAACCACAGGAGGGAUCCACGUUUUUUUCUCCAAUGCAGUCUCUUUUCCACUGCACUUUUCUCACUGUGUGUGUGUGUGUGUGUGUGUGUGUGUGUGUGUGUCAUCCCAUCUUGUCAAAAAUAAGUUAUUUUCUGUCUGCUCUGCUAAUUGUAACUAAGCAUAACUGACUUUUCAUCUUUGUUGAACAGUCUGCUAUUUGUAUGCCUCUGUUUAGAAUUAAAUGUCUCUAGCAACAAAAAGAUUAUCAGCCACGUCAUUGCAUGUCUCACAAAAUCCAGCUUCAUAUUUUGCAGCGAAAAGGAGUUUAACCAAGUCUAUUUCAUUCACCUACUUCCUCUGUUGCUGUUCUGUUUACACCUGCCUUGUAGUGUGGUAGUGAAUAUACAUCACAUUCAGUAGUACAUGUACCUACAUUUACACAAUCCAAAAUCAUAUGCUUCAAAACAAAAGCCGUUAUUCUUUUUUGGCAGAGGUUCGCCAGAUAAGUCAGAGCGCUACACUUCCUGCAUUUAGCAGCUUUUAUUUUGGGGGAUGAAGUUUUCUACUGUGGCCUGACUAAUGGCUAGUAGUAGCUGUUUGGUAAUGCCUUGAUCAUCCUCAGUGGAAUCCACUUACUAGCCUAUAUAGCCUACAGAAUUGCAUCCUAAAUUAUCUCCAGAUCUAUCAUCAACCUAUUGGAUCCCUCUCUCUCUAGUCUCUGUGGGUUACUUUUAAUUUGCUCCGUGACGUCUUAAGAGGAUAGAUCUACUCAGUACUGUACAGUCUACUUAUGAUUUAUAGAAUAAAAACACUUAUGGCCUCACUAAAGAGCUUUAGCACCGAAAAUACGUUUCAAUGAUUUGGGGGCUCAAAAUAGAUUUUUAUUGAAUCAAUCCAGAUGAUAGCGUUCCAUUGUUAAUCAUUGACCAUGACUUAAUAUUAAUAUAAUCAGGGGUAUUACUAUACUAAGUGUCAUUUAACAUGCAUUUUGGGGAACUAAGAGGCCUAGCUUUUCUGUUUGUUCCACUUAAACUGACCAAUGCUUGAAACCAUAAAUUCAAAUGUCAUGUGAAAUAUAUUUUACCAUUACACACAGUCCUGGGAUACAAUAAUUGUUUUGAUAUGUUCAUAAAAAUGUCCUCUGAUGGAAAAGCUUUCUUUAAAAGCUUUUAGUAAAGAAUCAAUGUAAAAAUCAAUUAUCAGGUGCACUCGGCAUAAUAACAUAUUGAAAAAAGAUUUAGAAAAUAAAAGGAAAAGAAAGAAAGACUGAAAAGGGAAACAAGGAUUUUUGUAAAAAAUAGAAUACUGAAAUGUUUUCCUCUUUCUUGGUUCUUAUGCUUACAUAUAGAUAUGUGUUCUUAAAUGAGUUGUGUGCGAAUGACAACAAGUGACUAUCUUUAAAAUCAUAAAGCCCUGCUUGGCUUACACCUCAUAACUACUUAAAACUGAUGUUCAGUGCCACAAACCAUGUAAAUCUCUGUCAUAAUCUGGUCCGUUUAAAUCCACAUCAAGUUGUUGUAUUCUGAUUAGAGAUUUCUAAGAAGAAGAAGACAAUCUUAUUCUUCAUCUUUAGGUUUCAUGAUCAACUAGCCAAAAUUGUCUCAUGUAUUAUCUCUGAUGUACUUGAGGAAUUGCUGGGAAAUCUUGCAGUUGCUGUCCUGUCCAUACUAUUACUAUUUUCAUUACAUAUUGUAUUUGCCAAUCCUCUUAACAGUCAUUUCAAACGACAAGACAUGCGUUUUCAAGAUAGGAAAAAGUGUCACGAAAUUCGUGUUGAAUGUCUCUGCAAAACAUUACUCUCUCUGCCUAACCAAAUGUUCUCUGAAAAGCAUGGCCUUAAUAUGAACAAUUGACUCAAGCUUGAAAAUAAUAUCACAGCAUAGUUUUUGUUCUCUUUUGCUCUUACUUUGUUUCUAAGAUGGAGACUCAGAAACACUUAACGUGCCCAAGAGUAAUGGCUGCCAGGACGCAAUAACAAAACCCCAUGAUUCCUUUGGAUGGUCUGAAGUGGUGACUGAUGACUCUCCCCAUGAGGAGGCUGCAGCCUCGGAAACUUUGGAGGACGAAGAGGUGGCGGAACGAAACCAAGAAGAAGAGGAAGAAGACCAAAGUCAGGACAGGAUGAGUAUGACUUGCAGUUUGUCACCACGUAAAAGCCCAUACGGAGACAGCCGGGAAGCCGAGUGGGAGCUUCUGUCCCUGUCUCAUUCUGCAAAGUUGAAUGGCUCCAACGGCUCAAUCAGCAGCCCCUCCAAAGCCACCACCGGAGAAAGAUACCUAUCGGGGAGAAACGGCCACCAACACAUGAGAGAUGAUGAUCCUGAGUCGGACCUUAGCGGGUACAACAUGGGCAUAUUGGGCAGAGCAGGUCCCUUCCAGGCAGGGCCCCUGCGACUCUACCGAUCAACCCCCAGUGAGGAGGACAGUGAGGGGGAGCCAGAGGUGGAGAGGCCUCCUCGGCUGGAGGCCUGGACCCUGGGCCUGCAGGAGAUGGAGAGACCCCUGGGCCAGGAGAUGGACAGAGACAGAGAAGAAAGAGACAGGGACAGAGGGAGGGUGAACCUGAGCCUCCUGGAGCAGGCCAUGGCCCUGCAGUCAGAGCAGAGGCAGGUCCUCCACAAUGCCUACAGGGAGAUGGACAGGUUCCUACUGGAGCAGAUGACCAAUGAGAGGAGGCACCAACGGCUACUGGACGUGGACACCAGGGUGGGCUAUCAUGGAUGCAAAGGUACAAAUACUAGAUUUGAAUAAAUCUUAUUUCUUUGUCAAUUCAAGAUUCUAGAUUUUUCUUCUUCUUCAUAACAGGUUUAUAUCAACGUAAUGACAGUGAGGACCCAUUUCUUUAAGUCAUUCCUCUGUUUUUGUAUGUGUACUAUUAAGGCCACUUGAGAACAAUAGAACUACACCACUGUUUAAAAGUUUGGGGUCACUUAGACAUUUUCUUGUUUUCCAUGAAAACAUACAUGAAAUGAGUUUGAAUAGGAAAUAUAGCAAAAUGAAUAGGAAAUGUAGUCAUUGACAAGGUUAGAAAUAAUGAUUUUUAAUUGAAAUAAUAAUUGUGUUCUUCAAACUUAGCUUUCGUCAAAGAAUCCUCCAUUUGCAGCAAUUACAGCCUUACAGACCUUUGGCAUUCUAGUUGUCAAUUUGUUGAGGUAAUCUGAAGAGAUGUCACCCCAUGCUUCUUGAAGCACCUCACACAAAUUAGAUUGGCUUGAUGGGCACUUCUUACGUACCAUACGGUCAAGCUGCUCCCAACAACAGCUCAAUAGGGUUGAGAUCCGGUGACUGUGCUGGCCACUCCAUUAUAGACAGAAUACCAGCUGACUGCUUCUUCCCUAAAUAGUUAUUGCAUAGUUUGGAGCUGUGCUUUGGGUCAUUGUCCUGUUGUAGGAGGAAAUUGGCUCCAAUCAAGCGCCAUCCACAGGGUAUGGCAUGGCGUUGCAAAAUGGAGUGAUAGCCUUCCUUCUUCAAGAUCCCUUUUACCCUGUACAAAUCUCCCACUUUACCACCACCAAAGUACCCCCAGACCAUCACAUUGCCUCCACCAUGCUUGACAGAUGACAUCAAGCACUCCUCCAGCAUCUUUUCAUUUGGUCUGCGUCUCACAAAUGUUCUUCUUUGUGAUCUGAACACCUCAAACUUCGAUUCGUCUGUCCAUAACACUUUUUUCCACUCUUCCUCUGUCCAGUGUCUGUGUUCUUUUGCCCAUCUUAAUAUUUUGUUUUUAUUGGCCAGUCUGAGAUAUGACUUUUUCUUUGCAACUCUGCCUAGAAGGUCAGCAUCCCGGAGUCGCCUCUUCACUGUUGAUGUUGAGACUGGUGUUUUGCGGGUACUAUUUAAUGAAGCUGCCAGUUGAGGACCUGUGAGGCGUCUGUUUCUCAAUCUAGAGACACUAAUGUAUUUGUCCUCUUGCUCAGUUGUGCACUGGGGCCUCCCACUCCUCUUUCUAUUCUGGUUAGAGCCAGUUUGCGCUGUUCUGUGAAAGGAGUAGUACACAGCGUUGUACGAGAUCUUCAGUUUCUUAGCAAUUUCUCGCAUGGUAUAGCCUUCAUUUCUCAGAACAAGAAUAAACUGACGAGUUUCAGAAGAAAGUUCUUUGUUUCUGGCCAUUUUGAUCCUGUAAUCAAACCCACAAUUGCUGAUGCUCCAGAUACUCAACUAGUCUCAAGAAGGCCAGUUUUAUUGCUUCUUUAAUCAGCACAACAGUUUUCAGCUGUGCUAACAUAAUUGCAAAAGGGUUUUCUAAUGAUCAAUUAGCCUUUUAAAAUGAUAAACUUGGAUUAGCAAACACAACAUGCCAUUGGAACACAGGACUGAUUGUUGCUGAUAAUGGGCUUCUGUACGCCUAUGUAGAUAUUCCAUAAAAAAUCAGCAGUUUCCAGCUACAAUAGCCAUUUACAACAUUAACAAUGUCUACACUGUAUUUCUGAUCAAUUUGAUGUUAUUUUAAUGGACAAAAAAAUUGCUUUUCUCUCUACAACAAGGACAUUUCUAAGUCACCCCAAACUUUUGAACGGUAGUGUACAUACAGUGGAUAUUGCACUUAUUCUAAUGAAGAGUAGUGUGCAUAAAAUAAGUAUUCAGCAGAUAUGAUUAUGCAUGUUUAUCUAGUAUGAAUCAGACCACUUGUGAUUUCAAUGAUGAGGCACUUCGAAACAUCAAAAUAAUAAAGAAUCAAAUUCAGAGACGGAAAUCCUCUUAAGUACUAAAAACAUUUUGGCAACAAUUGAAGUAAUAAAUAACCAGACUAAAAUAAAAAAAGAACAAAAUCUUCUGAUGGAAUUGCUACUACUCAGAAUAUUGGAUUUUGAUAGGAAUCAACUGGAUAUUUAACCAUGAUCAUAAGUCUUAAAUCCGCCCAAAGUACCUCUCAUGUUUUACACUGAUUCUUCAAAUGACUGCAGCCUAAUGUGUAAUCCCAAAUGUAAUAUUUCGAUGGAUGGGCAUUAAGAAGUGAAUGGCCUGUGUUGAACUGGAAGCCUUAACUAAAAUGACAGAUUAAUAGAAGCAUUUUGAAAAAAGUGUCUGGCUCUUUGCAUGAUACUGUACUUGUUUCUAUGUACCUACAGAUUAAUUCUAGCAUUUCUCAGAAGCUCACUUAAAAUACAGUUUCGAGGAACAUUCAUGCAAGCAACCCUUUACAAGUUUAAUGAAAUAUCAAACUGAAGUUCAUUAGAAUAUUGUCAAAAGCUAUUACCUUUGUUGCACUCUUUGCUUGCAUGGGUAAUGAAGGUUAUAAAGCAUGUUAAGAAUGAUACUGCAACAUUCUUGAAGGUGUCAUAAGAUUGUUAUGAAUGUACAGUACCAGUCAAAAAUUUGGACACACCUACUCAUUCAAGUUUGUUUUUAAUUUUUACUACAUUAUAGAAUAAUAGUGAAGACAUCACAACUAUGAAAUAGCACAUAUGGAAUCAUGUAGUAACCAAUAAAGUGUUAAACAAAUUCAAAACAGAUUCUUCAAAUUGUCACCUUUAGCCUUGAUGACAGCUUUGCACACUCUUGGCAUUCUCUCAACCAGCUUCACCUGGAAUGCUUUUCCAACAGUCUUGAAGGAGUUCCCACAUAUGCUGAGCACUUGUUUGUUGCUUUUCCUUCACUCUGCCGUCCGACUCAUCCCAAACCAUCUCAAUUGGGUUGAGGUCAGGGGAUUGUGGAGGCCAGAUCAUCUGAUGCAGCACUCCAUCACUCUGCUUCUUGGUCACAGCCUGGAGGUGUGUUUGGUUAUUGUCCUGUUGAAAAUCAAAUGAUAGUCCCACUAAGCCCAAACCAGAUGGGAUGGCCUAUCGCCGCAGAAUGCUGUGGUAGCCAUGCUGAUUAAGUGUGCCUUGAAUUCUAAAUAAAUCACAGACAGUGUCACCAGCAAAGCACCCCCAAACCAUAACACCUCCUCCUCCAUGCUUUACGGUGGGAACUACACAUGUGGAGAUCAUCCGUUCACCCACAGCGCAUCUCACAAAGACACAGUGGUUGGAACCAAAAAUCUCCAAUUUGGACUCCAUUUGGACCCAAGGACACAUUUCCACCAGUCUAAUGUCCAUUGCUCGUGUUUCUUGGCCCAAUCAGGUCUCUUCUUCUUAUUGGUGUCCUUUAGUAGUGGUUUCUUUGCAGCAAUUCGACCAUGAAGGCCUGAUUCACACAGUCCCCUCUGAACAGUUGAUGUUGAGAUGUGUCUGUUACUUGAACUCUGUGAAGCAUUUAUUUGGGCUGCAAUUUCUGAGGCUGAUAACUCUAAUGAACUUAUCCACUGCAGCAGAGGUAACUCUGGGUCUUCCAUUCCUGUGGCGGUCCUCAUGAGAGCCAGUUUCAUCAUAGCGCUUGAUGGUUUUUGCAACUGCACUUGAAGAAACUUUCAAAGUUCUUGAAAUGUUCCGUAUUGACUGACCUUCAUGUCUUAAAGUAAUGAUGGACUGUCAUUUCUCUUUGCUUAUUUGAGCUGUUUUUGCCAUAAUAUGGACUUGGUCUUUUACCAAAUAGGACUAUAUUCUGUAUACCCCCCCUACCUUUUCACAACACAACUGAUUGGCUCAAACGCAUUAAGAAGGAAAGAAAUUCCACAAAUUAACUUUUAACAAGGCACCCCUGUUAAUUGAAAUGCAUUCCAGGUGACUACCUCAUGAAGCUGGUUGAGAGAAUGCCAAGUGUGCAAAGCUGUCAUCAAGGCAAACGGUGGCUAUUUGAAUAAUAUAAAAUAUAUUUUGAUUUGUUUAACACUUAUUUGGUUACUACAUGAUUCCAUAUGUGUUAUUUCAUAGUUUUGAUGUCUUCACUAUUAUUCUACAAUGUAAAAAAUUGAAAAAUAAAGAAAAACCCUUGAAUGAGUAGGUAUGUCCAAACUUUUGACUGAUAGUGUAUAUGUGAAUGUCUAUGUAUUAAUCUAAGUGUUCCUGUUAUGUGCCUCCUCCCAGACUUUCCACGACCAGAUAAGAAGGAUAUAAGGUGUCCUACCCCUGGUUGUGACGGCACUGGCCAUGUCACUGGUCUGUACCCCCACCACAGGAGUCUGUCUGGCUGUCCCCACAAAGUCAGAGUCCCCCCAGAGAGUAAGUCACUCCGACAUACACAUACAUGUAUGUACAUCAGGCAUUCUUGAAAGUCAGCACAAAACCAAUUUACAGUGGGGAAACAAAGUAUUUAGUCAGCCACCAAUUGUGCAAGUUCUCCCACUUAAAAAGAUGAGAGGCCUGUAAUUUUCAUCAUAGGUACACGUCAACUAUGACAGACAAAAUGAGAUUUUUUUUCCCCAGAUAAUCACAUUGUAGGAUUUUUAAUGAAUUUAUUUGCAAAUUAUGGUGGAAAAUAAGUAUUUGGUCAAAAACAAAAGUUUCUCAAUACUUUGUUAUAUACCCUUUGUUGGCAAUGACACAGGUCAAACGUUUUCUGUAAGUCUUCACAAGGUUUUCACACACUGUUGCUGGUAUUUUGGCCCAUUCCUCUAUGCAGAUCUCCUCUAGAGCAGUGAUGUUUUGGGGCUGUCGCUGGGCAACACGGACUUUCAACUCCCUCCAAAGAUUUUCUAUGGGGUUGAGAUCUAGAGACUGGCUAGGCCACUCCAGGACAUUGAAAUGCUUCUUACGAAUCCACUCCUUCGUUGCCCGGGCGGUGUGUUUGGGAUCAUUGUCAUGCUGAAAGACCCAGCCACGUUUCAUCUUCAAUGCCCUUGCUGAUGGAAGGAGGUUUUCACUCAAAAUCUCACAAUACAUGGCCCCAUUCAUUCUUUCCUUUACACGGAUCAGUCGUCCUGGUCCCUUUGCAGAAAAACAGCCCCAAAGCAUGAUGUUUCCACCCCCAUGCUUCACAGUAGGUAUGGUGUUCUUUGGAUGCAACUCAGCAUUCUUUGUCCUCCAAACACGACGAGUUGAGUUUUUACCAAAAAGUUAUAUUUUGGUUUCAUCUGACCAUAUGACAUUCUCCCAAUCCUCUUCUGGAUCAUCCAAAUGCACUCUAGCAAACUUCAGACGGGCCUGGACAUGUACUGGCUUAAGCAGGGGGACACGUCUGGCACUGCAGGAUUUGAGUUCCUGGCGGCGUAGUGUGUUACUGAUGGUAGGCUUUGUUACUUUGGUCCCAGCUCUCUGCAGGUCAUUCACUAGGUCCCCCCGUGUGGUUCUGGGAUUUUUGCUCACCGUUCUUGUGAUCAUUUUGACCCCACGGGGUGAGAUCUUGCGUGGAGCCCCAGAUCGAGGGAGAUUAUCAGUGGUCUUGUAUGUCUUCCAUUUCCUAAUAAUUGCUCCCACAGUUGAUUUCUUCAAACCAAGCUGCUUACCUAUUGCAGAUUCAGUCUUCCCAGCCUGGUGCAGGUCUACAAUUUUGUUUCUGGUGUCCUUUGACAGCUCUUUGGUCUUGGCCAUAGUGGAGUUUGGAGUGUGACUGUUUGAGGUUGUGGACAGGUGUCUUUUAUACUGAUAACAAGUUCAAACAGGUGCCAUUAAUACAGGUAACGAGUGGAGGACAGAGGAGCCUCUUAAAGAAGAAGUUACAGGUCUGUGAGAGCCAGAAAUCUUGCUUGUUUGUAGGUGACCAAAUACUUAUUUUCCACCAUAAUUUGCCAAUAAAUUCAUUAAAAAUCCUACAAUGUGAUUUUCUGGAGAAAAAAAAUCUAAUUUUGUCUGUCAUAGUUGACGUGUACCUAUGAUGAAAAUUACAGGCCUCUCUCAUCUUUUUAAGUGGGAGAACUUGCACAAUUGGUGGCUGACUAAAUACUUUUUUCCCCACUGUAUCUCCACUUACAUCUACAUGUACAUACAGGUGUAGGAUAUUAAUUUGAACACUAUUUUGUUGCUGAGAACUUUCCUGCACAGCAGUAAAUGGAGAUGAGCUUCGUGAUGUACAUAAAUUCACUGAAAACCCACACGGUUAUAUUAACAAUAUUGUACUUUUCCUGUAGCCUACUUUUGGCCAGCUAAUAGCCUAACCACCAAUCAAGCAACAUUAUGCACUAAAUGUUCACAUCAUGUUGCUGCAAGAUUAUUUUUCUCUGACCAUAUAGGUCAAAUUAAGAACCUACAUAUGUACAGUAUAGAAUAGAAAGUGUUGUUAUUUGACUUAAAUAAGCACUGAUGUUUAAAUAAAACCUUCAAAGUUAUCAAAUAGUUACAGAAACUGAUUGAGGGGCAUUCAUUCUACAUGUAUAGAAUCAUGAAAUCGAAAAAUAUUAUUUGAAUCCACAAGUGAGACUUGUUGUCACCUACAGUUUUCUUGGAAUUUCUGAAUAUUGAAAAGGUUUUUUAUUGGCUAUGGUUUAGUCAUUUCAAUGUAACAUAACAAGCAUCCAACAUUAAACAGUAAUGUUACAAAAGGAACAGAAAAAGUAAUUAACUUUUUUUCAAUAUGAAAGCAUGUGCUCUUAGACCAGAAGCAGUGUUUGCAAAUCAAAGGGGUUGCUAACGCUGUAUUCAAAAAUAAAUAGACAACUCCUGCAAACUAAUUGGAAAAUAUGUACAGAAGAGAAAAGUUCCCAAGGACACAGAGUGGAACUCCAACUCUAGCUAGGUUUCCGUCCAAUUGGCGACAGAUUUUCAUGCCACCAGAGAUGUUUCCAUCAAAUUGAAUUGUUGUGGAAUAAAGGCUGUGCGUGAUGACGUUGUGCUUUUUGUUAUAUUUUUAUUGCCACUAAGGUAUUUACAUUAUGCGACCAACACACAGUGCACUGACAAUGUGAACAGUGUUAGUUAGAUAUGCUUGUAUCUCUAAUUGUAUGACUUUUCUAAGGAUCUGUGUACUAUUGGUUUCUCUCUGAUGUCAGUACGAAGAAUGUGUGAAUUGAAUUGAAUUAUCUAUAAAUUAACAAGCAGACUGUAUGCCUAUAGUUUUCAACUUGAUCACUGUGGAUACAUUAUUAUUUUCCUGUCUUUUCAUUUUGUGCUCUGUUAAUUGUGUUAACUCUUGAUACUCCAAUGAACUCAGUCACCACUGAUACAGUAUAUUCAUCACCACUGUUAAAGUAUAUUCAUCACCACUGAUACAGUAUAUUCAUCACCACUGAUACAUUAUAUUCAUCACCACUGAUAAAGUAUAUUCAUCACCACUGAUACAGUAUAUUCAUCACCACUGAUACAGUAUAUUCAUCACCACUGACACAGUAUAUUCAUCACCACUGAUAAAGUAUAUUCAUCACCACUGAUACAGUAUAUUCAUCACCACUGACACAGUAUAUUCAUCACCACUGAUAAAGUAUAUUCAUCACCACUGAUACAGUAUAUUCAUCACCACUGAUACAGUAUAUUCAUCACCACUGAUACAGUAUAUUCAUCACCACUGAUACAGUAUAUUCAUCACCACUGAUACAGUAUAUUCAUCACCACUGUCCCUCUCCUGUCUGUCUGUCUGUCUGUCCCCAGUCCUGGCCAUGCAUGAAAACGUCCUCAAGUGUCCUACUCCCGGGUGCACAGGAAGGGGCCAUGUAAACAGCAACCGUAGCACCCACCGGAGGUACAUCCUGCAGGACUAACCCAUUAAACAUUACAUACUGUACAUAGACAGGUUCAAUGUCAGACUAAUGUGUUUGAUUUCCUCCUAUUCCUCCUUCUCCUCCCCCAGUCUCUCAGGCUGCCCCAUUGCUGCUGCAGUGAAAGUCUCCAAACCUCAAGAGGAGAGCCCCAAAUGCAGACAAGCACCUGAACGAUUGUCCAGGUAAAAUCCCAUGAGAGGACAGAGAAUGCCUUAUAGCUGUAAUAAUGCAAUAUUGUCAUUUUGACUGUUGACAAUUAUUGACGUGUAUGUACGCAUACAUUAUGAUGACAGUAAACCAUUGAGACAUUGAAAAUUAUACUAUGAAACGAAUUGAUUGAAGUUCUGAGAGAGCAGUAUGUCAAUUGCAAUAUCACAUAAAAUCAGGAGAUAUUUUGGUUAACAUUUACAGUCUCAUAUCCAGUUUAUUAAUUCAUUGUAUUGUAAAAGGAAUUACAAUAUAUAGCCUAUCAAAGCUUCACAGAUAUGGUUUCUCAGUAUCACUUGUUCUUAAGCAAUGGUUUAAGGUCCCAUGAGAUUCUCUCUAUUAGGGAUACAGACAUCAGAACUCUGUGUUCCCUGUAGACAAAUCACAGGCAGACUGCCAACCCAUACUAAAUUAAUUAGUUGGGUAACAUGCCUGUGUGUGCGUCUACAAUACAGAUCAGAUCCCACAUCCAGGAGGAGGACAUUGAUAUUAUUAUAUUAUUCAAACUACACUGUUUCUAUUACUUCACAACCCCCUCGUAUGGAAAUAAUCCACACUAUAAUGUCUAUUACUUCCACAAUCACCACCACCUCUUCCACAGCCCAUGCAUAAUGUGCAUUCAUGUGUCAAUAUCAUAUCCUAUGCAUUUUAUUUGACACCGUAGCCACUUUCCUGCCCACUUGUGUGCAUGUGUCAAUUUCCUGGAUCCUUACAUGCGUUUUAUUUGACACAUACAGUAGCCACUUUCCUCAUCAAAUCCAACAACAACACCUCGUCUUCUUGGAUUCUUCUCCAACCAGACCUCUCGGCCCCCUCAUGAAGAAGUUGGAGUUAAAUCAGUACAACUACAGGUUCGUCCACCACCAUCCUGUCACCGCCGCCUUGCAAGCCAACCUCACCAAGGACAUGGACAAGUACAGCAAGAUCCGCUUUGAUUACGCCAGCUUUGAUGCACAGGUCUUCGGCAAACAACCUCUGAUGGCACCCAACCAGGACCAAGAAAUCUCUUCUUCACACUUCCCUGACUGUGAGUUUCGCACAUUUGAUUUGAUUCAAAGGGGGGCGGAGGGAGAUUGGCUGUACCAUAACAGCGUGUCAAGCCACAUUAAAGGGAUUUAAUCUGCAAGCGUUGCUCAUCUUAUGCCACAAAUGUGCAGCUCAGUAGGACACUAUGUAUGUACAUGAUCAGACAACAACCAAACUAAGAGUAUGCAACACACUCACAAGGUUCCUUUAAACAAGACAAUCAUGCUUGUUUAAUAUAUAUAUAUUUUUUUUUAUCAACACAGACCUUUUCUAUUCAAGCACAGACUGAUCCCACUGCAACCACACUGUAAAAAUAAACCUGCUGAUUACAUGUACCAUACAGUAUGAUAUAAUGUAGGGGUUAUAAUCAUGUGUUCCUAGAUCUCUGUGUAAGUUGUAUCUGUGUUCUGUUAUCCAGCAGCUCUACAGUACGCUGGCUUUCUGGGCGCCCCCGGCAACCGCCUGCCCACGCCUGGCCCUGGACGCCACAGCCCACCCAGCCAUUACAAACCUGGAGGUGAGGGGCUCCAAGCCACCACCACCGCCAUCCUCAACCUCUCCACCCGCUACCGAAGCAACAUGGAGGCCAUCUCCAUCUCGGGUCGGCCCCUGGCAUCCUCCACAAAGGUCAUCAAAUUAGACCAGGUAUUUCAUGUGGUCAUUUUAAAGCAACUCUGAUUUGGGUAUAAAAAGGGAGAAACAUAAAAAGGACAGUUUUUAGCAAAGGAAACGUUGUCUCUGGUAGCGGCGAAACAAGAGGUCCCUCUCCGUAAAGCAUUAAUGUACACAACAUCACAUCAAAAGAAGAAAAUACAACAAACCUUCUUUCUCAAUUACAAUUAGACUCAUGUGGUCAUGCAUUUCAUUUCUACUUUUAUGGUAAUAGACAAAGAAAAUAUUAUAUUUAAAAAAAAAAGGAUAACUGUAUAAAAGUGUAUCUUGCAUGCUGCAGAUGGCGGAAUAUAUUUUGUUUAGGAAUAUAUUAUCCAGGAUAAGCUGUGCCUCUAUCAGAUGGCCUAUACAACUAGUUCAGUGGAUUAAACCAAUCAGCUGAAGGACUCAUUAGCUGAAAUAUUUUAUUCACACAAAACCAAAAUCUCCCCGAUGUAUUAAAUGUGCACCAGUUUAGUUUAAAACUUGACCCCUUUGUGCACAUCCUAUGUAAUCUCUAGUGGGAAAACCCCCAAUUGCCCUGUCCACUACACGGAAAACCAUGAUCCUCUCAACUGAACUGAAACAUGGCCUUCCUAUGCAUUAAGUUUAACCGCAUGACAACAAAUGUCUCAAAACCCAAACAAGGCCUUGCUACAGUAUGUAAUUAAUGUCAGAAUAUUGAUAGAUAGAUGAUUCAAGGUUUCCAACACCUACACAGCACAGAACCCAGCUUGGUGAGCUGAUAAUGUGGCCCUGUACCAGGUACCAACCCACUGAAUGAAUAAAACAGUGUUAACAAGUGAAUCAUCUGUCCUCUUCCGCAGAGGACUUAUGUACCAUACACUGUAUGGGGCCAUGCAACUCAUAUGUGUUUGUAGCUCUGUAGGCUACCAGUAAUGCAAAGGCAAAAAAAGCAUGUCACCACACGUCUACACACGUCACCAUCACACACAUAAUUCAAAUGGAUAGCCACACAUGCAAUGGCCAUGAAAAUUAUACCCAUUCAUUCAUUUCAAAGGCUGUCUUUUGUUUAAAACAAAAAUGGAAUAUAGGUUUAAUGGGACAUAUGCGUUGAAUAAUUGGUUUUGUUUGUAAGCCAAAUUUCAGUAAAACUUUUAAUGCUAUAAAACCUAUAAAGCUACAAGCACACAUAGCGUUUCACAUAGCGUUUCACAUAGCACAGAAUGAGUAACACAUCUGUCAGUGAGAACUUAUGCUACAUUAAGCUUUUACAUUUUUGUUUUAAUGGUGAUGACCUAAAACCAGCACCCGCAGCUGCCAUCUUGGUUUUGUGUCCUAGAAAACAGACCGAUGACACAGCUGUCACUGACAAACUAUACACCAAGGAGCGAUUAUUAUUUUGUUCAACAGAAUUAAUGCUGGCUUAACACCAUACUUUACCCUGGUGUUAGAUAAUCAUGGCAUGUCUUAUUUUCAUGUAAAUGUAUAUUUGAGGGGCAAUUCAAGUUAUUUCUCACAGGAAUUAUACACGUUGUCAUUUUCAGAAAGGUAUACCGUUAAAGUAUUGCAUUAGAUUAAAAGGGCAUAUCAUGGUGAUGUAUUCAUUUCAAUCUUUACCACUUCAUACAGUAACUCUCAUUUCUCAUUCCAAUAUAGACUGACAUCACAGUCUCCUUUUUUGUAAACUGUUGACUAUUUAAUAAAAGUGACUCCAUUGUAACCUCAUGACAAUAACUGAGUCUGACUUGUGAAUUUCUUCUCCUUUAGGACAUGCCCAUAGAAGUGGAUGAGAACGGCACUCUGGACCUGAGUAUGAAGAAGAGUCGGGAGGUGAAAGCCCCACCCCAGGUGCCUUUGGGAGACGCUGGCCAGUUCCCUCCUGAGUCCACUCUGUCCCAGCAGGCCAGCAGUGUGCACAUCAGCCCUGCCUUCUACCAGGCCCUGUGCGAGAGAGACACCUGGGACACCCCUCUCAACUUCAGCAAAGCACAACAACAAAUGAUGCAUGACAGAGAGGUAAAAAUCACAACUUGGCUGUUCCUCCUUUUAAAUACACAAUAAAUACUGUACAAGAUACCUAUGAAACAGAAGAAGAGAGCUUGUUUUGCAAAACAAGAGAAAGUAUAGCUAAUUGUUCAACAUAUUCAUGAGACUACCAACAGACCCCCGGUCUAUAAGGGUGAUAUGGGCAUACAGUGUAUAGUAAUAGAUAAUCGUGUACUCUGUGUAUGUUCCUAAUAAAGCUCUUUUUAAAGAGCAUGUUCUUCACAGCUGGUAUUCCUGGUUGUUGUCGAUUUAAAGGCCAUGACAUUUGUCCUGUUAUUAAUUCACCGAAGACAACAUCUGGUGCUGAACACAGAAUCUUUGAGAAAGUAAAUCCAUAAAUACCGUCCAUGUGGAUUAUAUGUGACUUUAAAUGGAUGUAUGGUUUACUGUAAGUAUCCUUAAGCGUAAUCACUCAGACUUACCCCCCAACUCCUAGGCUUGUUUUUAAGAGUAUUAAGUGGGGUGUUUUCAUUGAUAAUUCACUUUUAGAUCAUGUUCAAGACUCAAGACUGAGACAGGAAGUCCGGUGGUUAAGGAGAUUUUUAAGGACACAUUAUUAAGACUGCAUCUGAAAUGGCACCCUAUUCCAUAUGUAAUGCACUACUUUUAACCAGGAUGCAUAGGGCUCUGGUCAAAAGUAGUCCACUAUAUAGUGAAAAGGGUCCAUUUCAAAUGUACCUAUGUCUCUCAGCAGGAGGAUUUUGACGACGCUUCUCUGGAGGACCAGAGCUACUCCGGAGACGCAAGCAUGUUCAGCCCCAAGACCAGUAUGCUCUUAAGAGACUCUAAGAAAGAGCUGAUGAGGUAUAUCAUGUUUAACAUUGGGUCUGAUCAUUAUAGAGGUCCAGUGAGGGGAGAAAUUGACAUCUUGAGGCUUCUUUGCUCAGUCAUCCGUGUAUCAUGUGCAUUUCCCUCUCAAAAGGUCAGCUGACAGAUGGUCAGUAUUAAUAACAAAAGUGUAACUCCAGACCAGACCUGUUUAAAUAGGGCAUUAUAUUAUAAGUGGGGUGAAUGAAUACACGCUCAGUGAAAUGCACUGGACAUGAUCUAUCCUGUUAUUAGCUCUUAUAUUGUUACCUAUUAUAUAUUACAUAUCGUUGUGACUGGUAUGUCUGCAGGUUCAUGUGAAGAAUGUAUCUUGUUAAAAGUGAGUUUUUACAUGUCCGUAUGUCCUCAACCACUCUUGACUUUGUAGUUAGACUCUGCAUGUUCUAUUGAGUUAUGCUCUGGAGUUUGUAUCCACUCUAUGGUAAGGUAUGAUUGAGUAGUUUACAGAAAAAAAUUAGAACUGCCAAGUGAUUUACGAACAACUUCUGCCACACCAAAUAAACAUCUAAAUUACUAAAUUUCCUGCUGUACUAACUUCCGCUUCCACUAAUGCAAUUCAAGGUCAUAUUAAAAAGGUUAAUACACUGUAUCAGAAGUCCAUGUAUUGUAGAGUAUGGUCUAACUAAGUGCUGUGUUCUCUGCAGCUGUCCUACCCCCGGCUGUGACGGUAGUGGCCAUGUUACAGGAAAUUAUGCAUCACAUCGAAGGUAAUUAGACACUGGUUAACACCAGCUAGUAAAUACUGUACGGCCUGGUUCAGAGGAACUAUGUCGACUGUUUCAUGUUGAUCAGUAUUAUAUACUGCUGAAAAUGAAAGGGAAAAGUCAUUUUUUUUACAUUCAAAUAGCAUUGUAAUAACUCUCAACUGUGGAUCCUCUGUCUGCAGUGUAUCUGGGUGCCCCCUGGCUGACAAGACUCUCAAAUCACUGAUGGCAGCCAACUCUCAGGAACUAAAGUACGUGUUGUCCUGUCAGUCAUCAUUUUACCACUGUUUAUAGACAUAUCAUCAUUCACCUGUUUGGGUUCACUGAUUCAACUUUGUGCUGUUUUAUUGGUUUACAUUAUACAUGCCACCUGGUCUCAUGCCGUUUUAGUCAUACAUUGACUAUAUUGAAUUUGGACUUUUCUCCACUUCAUGUCAUCAGGCUGUAUAUACAUUUACAUUAUGCAAUGUACUGGGUAUCUACUGACCUCAUACGUUUUUUUUCUUUCAUUCAUGCAUUUAAAUAUGAUAUCAUUGUCCAAGAUAACGUGGCACUGAGUUUCACCUGUUCUGUCGCUCUCUCCACCUGCAGGUGCCCAACACCUAGUUGUGAUGGAUCUGGACAUGUGACAGGGAAUUAUUCUUCACACAGAAGGUAGUCUAGACUGGAUCACACAAAUAACUGAGUAGAUGAAUAGGGAUGUGUUUGAAUCUCAUUGUCUAUGUAUUUAUUUUGUAUUAGUUUAAUAAUUUUAGACAAUUUAUAAACUGCUAUAUAUCUAAGAAGAUACAAUUCUUAGAACUGAUUGAUUCUUGUUGUUGCUUAGUGUAGUUUCCAAUGACAGGCUAUGUGAGAACAUCAUCUUAUCACUGAUGAAAGAGUUUGCUUUAUUUUAGCCCUAAAGUAGUGUUCAUUAUUGUUAAACCGUAUUGUCUCUAAACAUUUGUAGUUUGUCAGGAUGUCCACGUGCCAGAAAGGGAGGCUUGAAGCUCACACCAAACAGAGAUGAAAAAGAAGAGCAAGAAAUAAAGUACGAGAUGAUUCUUAUUGUUCUCAUUAUGAUUUCUGUUUCAUAUUUGUUGUUUUAGUUUUUAAACUUUUCUGGUUUUUCACUGGCAUGCAUGCCUACGUGAAUGAAAAUACUUGUAUAAUGUUGUAAAGAGGUCAUUAUACCAGAAAAAAAUUGGAAAUAGUUUUCCUCUUCAUAGCAUUAGUAAAUUAUCUUUCAAGGAUUAACAACAUGUGUUAAAUACAUGUGUCAAACGUUGUAAUCUUUUUAGUUGUCUUAAUAGAAUAUCUGGCUUAUCACGCUCUGGUGUGCAUUGUGUUCUUGUAUUGUUUAUUUAAGGUCCCCCAUACUACGGGGUGUGAUCAAAGCUUUGAUUCACUGAUGCAAAGCUUAAUUGUUCUAGAUGCAGUUGUCUUUGUAAAAAGCAGUGGUGUAAAGUACUUAAGUAAAAAUACUUUAAAGUACUACUUAGUAGUUUUUUGGGGUAUCUGAACUUUACUUUACUAUUAAUAUUUUUGACAACUUUUACUUUUACUUCACUACAUUCCUAAAGAAAAUAUUGUACUUUUUACUCCAUACAUUUUCCCUGACACCCAAAAGAACUCGUUACAUUUUGAGUGUUGGAGUGUGCCCCUGGCUAUCCAUACGUUUUAAAAACAAGAAAAUGAUGCCGUCUGCUUUGCUUAAUAUAAGGAAUUUUAAAUGAUUUAUGCUUUUACUUUUGAUCCUUAAGUAUAUUUUAGCAAUUACAUUUACUUUUGAUACUGGAGUAUAUUUAAAACCAAAUACUUUUAGACUUUUACUCAAGUAGUAUUUUAUUGGGAUACUUUCACUUUUACUUGAGUAACUUUCUAUUAAGGUAUCUAUAGUUUUACUCAAGUAUGACAAUUGGGUACUUUUUCCACCACUGGUAAAAAGUAUUAUUGGGGAGGAAAUGAUGUAAUUGAUUACUGCUUAAAUCCAAGGUCAGAUGUAUGAGACCUUGUUUACUUCUACAUCUGGACAGAUUGACCCUUCUUUUGAAAAACUAAUGCAGGGCCAAAGGGUUAGGAGUUAGACUGGAAUAUAUCUCAUACACAAGAGAGGGUGGGGGAGUAAAACUACAUGUAGUGCAUCUGUAAUGUUAUUAGAUUAUUGUAAAUUGUAGGCCAUAUGGCAUGAUUCCAUUGUCCCGAAUUUUGGGUUCCGUGUUGAACCAUCUGUGGAAAGGGUUCUACAUGGAACUCAAAAGGGUUCUUCUUGGAACCAAAAGGGUUCUUCUUGGAACCAAAAAGUGUUAUUCAAAGGGUUCUCCUAUGUGGACAGCCAAAGAACCCUUUUAGGUUCUAGAUAGCAUUUUUUCCCCCCUAAGAGUGUACAUCUACCUGUAGUGUAUGGAUGAAUGUAAGUAAUGUGGUUGAGGUUGUUUUGUCCUCUAAGUGCUACUGGUACUCUACUGAACAACAAAGUGCAACAAUCUUUGUUACAGUAGCACUCUGUUCUGUUUGUACACUAGCUUUGUGUGCCAUUUGUACCAUCUCAGCCUGCCUUUCACCUUUGCCAGUAAGGGAAGGGGUCGGCAACCCUCAAAAUUACAUUCUUUCACAAGAGGGGAUACAUGACAAUUAUGUGUAAUUCAUGUCACUCCAUUACUGACCUGUAAAAAACAGAGCUGGGAAAUGUAAUUACCCUUAUAACUCUUAAUAAUAUUCAACAAGACUUGUGCUUAUGUUUUUUUAUGUAGGCUAUAUCAAUCUGAAUGUGUUAAUUAUUCCAAAGUUUUUGUGGAUUAGCAACUUGGCUAAUGCGAUUAUUUGAGCCAGUUUUGUUGACUACAUUUUUAAUCAGCAUUUUACUGGAUUAAUCAACAUAAUGGUUUGACGAAUCUUCCGGUCUAGUUAGUGAGGGAUGUUUAUGAACUGUGAAAAUGAUUUGUUUGAGUAUGUACGCAUUUAUUAUGUGUGGUUUAAGAGGUUAAGUAAAGUUGUCUCAACUCAGUUGACAGCAUUUUGAUCUACUUACAUUUCCAUUAUACAGAAACUGUAAAAAAGCAAUAGAUUUACAUAUCUCAGAUCAUACAGUUUUUACUACCUCUGUCAUAUCAAAUGGCUUGAACUGCAAAACUAUUCUGAGGAAAAAACAGCUUACUGGUGACAAUCUUUCUUCUCUGCCUGAUCUGAAUGAGAAUAGGCAUCUCUCACAGGGGCACUCUGUACAUUGUCAACAGUCUGUGUUACAACAUGACUCCCUCCACUACAGUAGCGGUACAAGGGGAGGACACCAGAUAGUAAUAAACCUGACUCCUGGGGUGUAUUCAGUAAUGUUAAACGUUCUGAAUGUUGCAGACAGAAAUAUAAUGAAUAGACCUGACAUGAUUCCUUAUUCUAUUUGACAGAUAAUCAUAUAUGUUCUAUACAAUACAUUUCUAUCUGAACGUUUUGUAAUGUAUCACCCUCCUUAACAAACCCCUUGUUUGUCUCCCUACUAGGUGUCCAGUGAUGGGUUGUGAUGGCCAGGGCCACACAUCAGGGAAGUACACAUCUCACCGCAGUACAGGGAGCUGCCCCCUCGCUGCCAAGAGGCAGAAAGAGUCAUCCAUCAAUGGCCUCCCCUUCCCCUGGAAUAAAGCCUGCAAACAGGAACUGCCCCACUGUCCCCUGCCCGGUUGCAAUGGCCUUGGACACGCCAAUAACGUGUUUGUCACCCAUAGAAGGUUAGCCUGCAUUCCCUCCAUUCAUUUUGUCCCAUACAAUACUAAUUAAACUGUUUUGUUUUGUUUCUUUCUAACUGAAGUUUCUAAUGUCUUUCUCAUUAUUUGUCAUUUUCUUUCUAAAUAGUUUGUCUGGAUGCCCUCUUAAUGCUCAGAGUAUUAAGAAGAAGAUGACAGGAGAGGAGAUGAUGACUAUUCAACUUGAAGCCAGCAGUGGUAAGCCAUUAUAAUAUGUUUUACAAACAUGUUCUGUUUGUGGUGGUGGACAGUACAUGUAUGCUUUGACAGGGUAAUGUAUUUUAUUGAAAUAUUAAUAUCAGUACCAUCAAAGUAUGUUUAGUAUUUUCUCUUUUCAUACAGGAGUCGACAACAACGAUGAUAUGCAACACUUGGAUCAUGAAAUCAAGGAACUUAACGAAUCCAACCUGAAAAUAGAAGCUGACAUGAUGCAACUGCAGACCCAAGUAACUAUCCACAACUGUGAAGAUAUUAUGUUUUUUAAAGGAUUCAUGCCCAGUUCAGUUUGACAAGUUUCCCUCUCCCCUGAAAGCAGAUUUCGUCGAUGGAAUGUAACCUGAAGACAAUUGAGGAGGAGAACAAGAUGAUUGAACAGCACAACGACAGCCUUCUGAAGGAGUUAGCUCGCCUCAGCCAAGCUCUCAUCAACAGUCUCACAGACAUCCAACUGCCUCAAAUGGUACAGUAGGCCUCAUACGAACCUCCUCACUUGCACAUGUAGCUUUUUUAUUUUACCAUAUGUACAGUCAGGUACAGAAUUAUUGACACCCAUGAUAAAGAUAAUUUAAAAAAACUGUAUAAAAUAAAUAAUACAAAUACUGAGCUAUAUUGUAUGCCAAAAAAAUAGGGAAAUUAUAUUAUUUUACAAUAAUAUAAUUACUCAGAAAAAUAAUAAUAAUUUAUUUUCUCAAAAAGAAAGUGGUCAAAAUGAUUGGCACCCCUGUUUUCAAUACCUUUUAAUGCCUCACCGUGCGAGGAUAAUGGCACUUUUCUAAGAUGUUUAAUGAGAUUUGAGAACACAUGGGGAGGGAUCUUAGACCAUUCCUCCAUAUCUUUCCAGAUCCGAGAUAUCCUUCUACUGCACUUAUGGACUGCUCUCUUCAAUUCAAACCACAGUGUUUUCAGUGGGGUUCAAGUCCGGAGACUGAGAUGGCCAUUGCAAAAUGUUGAUUUUUGUGGUCAAUUAACCGUUUCUUUGUGGAUUUUGAUGUGUGCUUGAAGCUAUUGUCUUGCUGGAAGAUCCACUUGCGGCCAAGUUUCAGCCUCCUGGCAGAGGCAACCAGGUUUUUGGCUAAAAUUUCUGAAAUCUGGCUUGCCUACUAGUUACUUAAACUACAUACCGUGUACUAAUCGUACUACAUACUAAUUAGAACGUACUGUUUAGUAAAAAUGUAUGCAGUAAGCAACAAAUAUCAACAUAUUACUCAUUCAUAUUGAUAAGGCGACAUCUAAUGCCCAAUCGCCCUUGUUCCCCGCCAUUCGUUCAUUUUUGUAAAGUGCGUCCCCUAUUCUGAUUAUCAGCUGUUGUCAAACACAGGUGGGUGUGAAAAUACUAUUCUCUUCCUCAAUAGUGUACAGCGAAUUCUACUAGAUGAAAAGCCGAAAUGAGUAUGACAUCCUGGCAUUUAAAGCAUACAACAUCAAAAUGUCACAUACUAUAAAACUGCCUAUUUUCGCAUACCCAAAAUGCCUACUAUUUAGAACGUAAGUAUGAAUAUUCGGACACAGCCCUGGUACUGGGUAAAGUUGAUUAUGCCGUUGACCUUAACAAGGGCCCCAGGACCAGUGGAAAGCCCCAUAACAUCAAAGAUUCACCACCAUAUUUUAUAAUAGGUUUGGGGGUAUUUUCUGCUUAUGUAUCCUUAUUUCAACGCCAAACCCAUCACUGGUGUGCGGGGCCAAAGAGCUCUAUUUUCAUGUCAUCCCACAAUUUAAAUGCCUGGAGUUUGCUAAAUGCCAUUGGCACUUGGAUUGGAACCAGUGAUAUGGUCAGAUGGCUUGAAAAUAGAGCUCUUUGGCCACGCAUCUCAUCAUCUCAGUCUCCGGACUUGAAACCCAUUGAAAACCUGUGGUUUGAAUUGAAGAGGGCAGUCAAUAACCGCAGACAAAGGAUAUCAAGGAUCUGGAAAGAUUCUGUAUGGAGGAAUGGUCUAAGAUCCCUCCAAAUGUGUUCUCCAAUAUCAUAAAACAUUUUAGGAAAAUGCUCAGUGCCAUUAUCCCCGCAAGGUGAGGUAUUGAAAGGUAUUGAUAACAGGGGUGCCAAUCAUGUUGACCCCUAUCUUUUUGAGAAAAACUAAUAUGACCUGUUAAACAACAUCUCUUUAUCUGAGCAAUUGUAUAAGUAUAAAAUAAUAUAAUUUUAAAAUGUUUUUGAGCAUACAAUAUAGCUCAGUAUUUGUAUCUUUAUCAAGGGUACCAAUAAUUCUGGGCCUGACUGUCUAUCUAUAGUGACAUUAAAUUAUUAUUGUCACAAGAAGCUUCAGUUUGUGAACUAAUAUUUGAAAAUGUUUGUGUUUCAGGGGCCCAUCAGCGAGCAUAAUUUCGAAGCCUAUGUGAACACAUUAACAGAUAUGUACAACAGCUCUGAGCAUGACUACUCUCCCGAGUGUAAGGCUCUCUUGGAUAAUAUCAAACAGGCUAUGAAGGGAAUCCACAUUUAA